AUGGAAGCCGGAGCUGCGCCCAGGUGGGUGGAGACCACGACUAGGGAGUUUCCCAAGAAGCUGCCCAUGCAGUUUGACAGCAAGCAGACAAGCUACUACUAUUACGCUCUGGUUGUCUACCUGCUCAAAGUGGAGAACGCUAAGGUGGUGACGGUCACGGGGACACCAGGGAUCGGCAAGUCUGUCUUCUACGCGUACUUCUUGGAGCGCUACAGCUACGAGAACGAGGACAUCACGAUCAUCACUGCCUCGUUUGCGAAAACCGAACGAUCGUCAACCAAGGACCAAGUCGUCGUAUUUAAAAAGGGCAAAGCAGUGGCCGUCGUGAAGGAUGUCCAGUCAGCAAUGGAUGCUCUCAUCCUGGAAACCGUGGAUGAAGCAGGGGAUAAGCUCCUGUACCUGUGCGAUGGCCCACCCGAUCAGAUCCCACGGGCUGCGCAAAUGGUCUGCUUCACGAGUCCAAGUGAGAGGUGCUUUGACACUCUCCGGAAAUGGCCAGCAUGUCCGAAGCUGUUCAUGCCAUUGUGGGAUCUCGACGAGCUCCAAACUGCCGCUGAAGUGCUCAACUUUCAUUCGGAUACGACGGAUACUCAGGGCCCUGAAAGCAUUGGGGACCUGAUCGAGCAGCGCUACCGAAUUUUUGGUGGCGUAGCUCGUGAAUGUCUGUCCACGGACGAGAAUGUUGCCAAAGCUCGGCAGAAAGAGAUGGAGAGGUUCAUCGACCAGUUCCCAAAUGAGGAUAAUAUGGGAAGCCUUUUCAACAUAGCAGAGGCCAAGGUGGUGCAGCACGGUAUCGGUCACUACGUUCCGAGCUCAGAAGACCCGGCGAUAUAUACGCUUUCGUUGGCGUCCGAGUUCGUCAAGCGGUCGCUAUUUGAACGCUGGAACAGGCUGGAAAACAUCAAACGGACCAAAGUUUUUCGGAAGUUGCAGGGUGUCUCGGAUGCCGCUUCGUUUUGUGACGUCCUGUUCGACGAAUGUGAGAAAGCAAACAGGAAGGCCAGCACAGAAGCGUGAUGGAGCCAGCAAAAGGGACACAAGUUAAUUCUAAACUUU